AUGCCUCGCAAGAGAAAAAGCAAUUUGGGUAGAAAAACAAAUAAUGCCAAGAGACAAAAAUUGUGUGUAUCCACGGAAUCAGUUGAUUAUGAUGAUUCGGACUCUGAUGAUGGUGUACAUAGCAAUAAUGAGUCGACAAUUUUAAGUUCCGUUGUGGUUGAAGAUUAUGCACGACCUUCAACCAGUCGAGAGCGUGUCGCCCUAUUUAGGUCUCAGCAGAAUGAAAAAGAACGUGAAAGCAGGCGAGACACUGAACGUUUAAGAUUUAGCCAAAGAAUACAAAAUGAGACGGAAGAGGAGCGAGAAGCUCGACGGAACAGGGACCGAAUACGGCACGUCCAGAGAAAAGAAAAUGAGACAGAAGAGGAGCGAGAUGCACGUCGGUGCAGCAACCGAAUACAGCAAGUUCAGAAGAGGGGAAACGAGACAGAGGUUGAGCGAGAAGCACGUCGGAACAGUGACCGAAUACUACACGUUCGGGGGAGGGAAAACGAAACAGAGGAGGAGCAAGAAGCACGUCGGGAGAGUGACCGAAUACUACAUGUUCAGAGGAGGGAAAACGAGACAGAUGAGAAGCGAGAAGCACGUCGGAACAGUGACCGAAUAAUACACGUAAGGAAGAGGGAAAAUGAAACAGAGGAGGAGCAAGAAGCACGUCGGGAGAGUGACCGAAUACUACAUGUUCAGAGGAGGGAAAACGAGACAGAUGAGAAGCGAGAAGCACGUCGGAACAGUGACCGAAUAAUACACGUAAGGAAGAGGGAAAAUGAAACAGAGGAGGAGCAAGAAGCACGUCGGGAGAGUGACCGAAAACUACAUGUUCAGAGGAGGGAAAACGAGACAGAUGAGGAGCGAGAAGCACGUCGGAACAGUGACCGAAUACGACACGUACGGAAGAGGGAAAACGAAACAGAGGAGGAGCAAGAAGCACGUCGGAACAAUGACCGAAUAUUACACGUCCAGAGAAGGGAAAACGAAACAGAGGAGGAGCAAGAAGCACGUCGGGAGAGUGACCGAAUACUACAUGUUCAAAGGAGGGAAAACGAGACAGUGGAGGAGGGAGGAGCACGUCGAAACAGUGACCGAAUCCUACACGUUCGCAGGAGGGAAAAUGAAACAAGAGAAGAGAGAGAAAGUAGGCAAGAACGAGAUAGAGUUCGGCAAAACCAACGUAGGAAUAAUGAAACUCCUGAAGAGCGGGAAGCUAGACAUAUAAUCGACAAUGAUAGGUACCGUCGCACUGUUGAAGAGCAAACUCUACUUUUGCAUGACGAGGCGACCCGAGUGGAGGAACUUCGAGCAAGCCAGGACAUUGCUGACAGAAAUGCCCGUGUUGCCGCUGAUUCUGAAAGACAUAGGGUGAACAGAGUCGUUGAGAGCGACGCAGAAAGACAAACUAGGAUCGCGCGGGAAAGAACUCGGCAUGUCGAAAGAAAUUUAACAGAAUGGCGAGACACACACAACAGUGGAUUCCAAUAUGAUCCUUUUACACGUUACAGUGAAGCUGCCAAUAUUGGAGAUUUUGAUAAAGUUUGUAGGUUUUGUCACGCUUUGAGUUGGUCAAAGGAACCACGUGGAAUAUGUUGUGCUUCUGGUAAAGUGUCCAUACCGUCUAUUUUGGAAGCACCUGAGCCGCUACGUACAUGGAUAUCGGACGAAUCACCUCAAUCGCGAAAUUUUCUUAGACAUAUCAGGGCCUACAAUAGUGCGUUCCAAAUGACUUCUUUUGGAGGUAAUGAAAUCCGUGAAGGACCAUAUAUGCCUACAUUUAAGGUUCAAGGACAAGUGUACCAUUUGAUCGGCUCUCUUUUGCCACCCCCUGGACUUCCGCCGUCUUACCUUCAGAUUUACUUUGUUGGGGAUGACCAAGUCCAGCUUCAAAGAAGGCAAAGUUUAUUUCAAGACCUUGAUCAUGACAUGUUGGCCGCUUUGCAAAACAUGCUUCAGAAUAAUAACGCCUACUUGCUCAGCUUCAAAACUACUUUAGAAACAUUUCCUGUAGAUUCACCUGAUUUCAAAAUUGUUAUUAGAGCCGACAGACGCCCUGCAGGGGACCACCCAGGUAGAUACAAUGAACCAACAGUCAAUGAGGUUGCUAUUUUGAUGAUUGGGGAUCCAAGUGACCAUCGAGACAUCAUUUUAAAUUCAAGAGAACAGGGAUUGAAACGAAUAUAUGAAACCCACCGAUCUUAUGAUGCCCUACAAUAUCCCCUUAUGUUUUGUAGAGGCGAAGAUGGAUAUAGUUUCAAUUUAUAUCAUGUAAACCCGGUUACUAAACACCCAACCACAAAGAAAACUAGCUCACGAGAGUUUUACGCCUAUCGCAUUAUGGUUAGAGAAGGUGAAGCAAAUCACAUUCAUAAAUUCAAACAGCUUUUGAACCAGUACUUGGUGGACAUGUACGCUAAAGUUGAGAGUGAAAGGCUGCUGUAUCUUCGUACGCACCAAAAGGAACUGAGAGCAGAGAAUUACAUACACCUUCAAGACGCUUUAAGACGAGACGACAACGUAGAAGAAAUGGGGCAAAAGAUAAUUUUACCUGCCACCUUCACUGGAGGUCCUAGAUAUAUGCAUUCUCGCACACAGGACGCCUUUUGCUAUGUUCGGAAGUUUGGUCGUCCAGAACUUUUCAUAACAAUGACAACAAAUCCAAAAUGGAUAGAAAUCACGAGUGUAAUUGGAGAAAGGCAGUCUGCUCACGACCGGUAUGAUGUGGUAUCACGAGUUUUUCAUUUGAAGCUUAACUGUAUGAUUGCUGUUCUUAUGAAAGGCCAGAUUUAUGGCUCAGUUCGCUGCUACAUGUACUCUGUUGAAUGGCAGAAACGUGGUCUUCCACACGCUCAUAUCCUGAUUUGGCUUGAAGAAUCCAUUCCUCCAAAUAGAAUAGAUCAAGUCAUUUCUGCAGAGCUUCCAAAUCCUGAAACUGAUCCUGAACUUGCAGAUAUAGUCAAGACUCACAUGCUGCACGGACCAUGCGGAGCUUUUAAUGUGCGACAGCGCAAGCUUCCCUGUAUGAAGGAUGGUCACUGUAGCAAAAGAUACCCUAGACCAUUUGUCAAUGAAACGGCAACAGGAGACAAUGGAUACCCAACAUACAGAAGGCGUUCCCCAGAUGAUGGAGGCCAUCAUGUCCUAAUCAGAGUAGGUAACGAUGAAAUCCCUAUGGACAACCGAUGGGUAGUACCUUACUCGCCUGUAUUGUCCCGAACAUUUCUAACACAUGUUAACGUUGAGUACUGUAGCAGUGUAAAAUCUAUAAAGUACAUCUGCAAGUACAUAAACAAGGGCAGUGACCAGGCCACAUUUGCAGUAAGUAAUGACACAGACGAAAUUAAAAUGUACCAAAGUGGUCGGUAUAUAUGCACAUCUGAGGCGGUAUGGAGAAUUUUAUCAUUUCCUAUACAUGAGAGGUUUCCCGCUGUGUUGCAUUUAGAGGUCCACCUUCCAAAUGAGCAAAGAGUAUAUUUCCAGCCAGGCAAUGUUCGGGAAAGAAUGGACCAAAGUACAACUCUUUUGGCCUUCUUCAAUCUCUGCCAGACGGACGCCUUUUCAAGAACCCUCCUCUACAACGAGUUGCCCUAUUAUUACACAUACUCUAAACAAAGAGGUUGGUCCAGGAGGCGGAGAGGACAACCAGUACCAGGACAUCCUGACGUGAGACAAGAUCCGUGCAUCGGUAGGGUGUACACUGUCCAUCCAAGCUGCAGUGAGCGUUACCAUCUCCGACUCCUCCUACACACUGUUCGAGGUCCAACAUCUUUUGAGGAUCUCAAGACUGUUGAUGGUGUGCUCCAUCCAAAUUUCCAAUCCGCAUGCCGUGCCCUUGGUUUACUAGAGGAUGAUGCGUGCUGGGAGGGCACUCUUGCAGAAGCUGCUGUUUCUGACAGUCCCACCAAGUUGAGGGAUCUCUUCAGUGUCUUAUUAGUAUUUUGCAAUGUGAGCAACCCUCUUGAGCUCUGGAUCAGAUUCAGAGAUUCCCUCUCAGAGGACUUUUUGAGAUCUGCACAUCAAGUCGACAUUAACACCACCUUUGAAAACAAUCCUAUCAUAUAUGACCAGUGCCUAGCAAGCAUUCAAGAGACAAUCACUCGCAUGGGAGGACUUGGGCUCGAAAGCUACAACUUACCAGUACCAGCCAUAGAUGUCAAUCAGUUAAACCAUGAUUAUAUCAGAGAGACAAGUUACGACCAUCCCGAACUCAUUAGGUUUAUUGAACAGUGUACGCCAACUCUCAACGAGGAGCAGCGCCAAGUGUAUGAGCAAGUUUUGACGAGCAUAAAUGGACAAAGAAACAAGAUGUUUUUUCUUGAUGCUCCUGGAGGUACUGGAAAGACCUACCUCAUAAAGCUGAUUCUCGCAAAGGUUAGAUCAAACAGUAAGAUUGCUCUUGCUGUGGCCUCUUCUGGCAUUGCAGCAACCCUUCUGCCAGGUGGAAGAACUGCCCAUUCCAUGUUCAAAAUCCCAAUAAAUGUAGAGCAUAUGGACAUCCCGAUUUGUUCUAUAUCGAAGAGCGCUCCCAUGGCACGAGUUCUACAAGCAGCCUCCUUAAUAGUCUGGGACGAGUGUACGAUGUCCAAUAAACUGACAAUCGAGGCCCUCGACAGAACACUCAAAGAUAUGAGGAACAGUAAUAAGAUCAUGGGUGGAGUGACGGUAUUGUUCUCUGGUGACUUCCGCCAAACUCUGCCAGUUGUAGUGAGAGGCACAAGGGCGGAUGAAAUUAACGCCUCUAUGAAAAGAUCUACCCUAUGGCCAAUAAUGAACAAACUGGCGUUAACAAAGAACAUGCGGGCCAAUAUUGGAAAUGAGGUGGAAGAAUUCUCCAAUGUUCUGUUAAAGUUGGGAGAUGGAAAGCUGGGUAACGUUGAUGGAACUAUCAAUAUACCACCUUCUCUUGGUGUUAUUGUUCAAACCCAAGAUGAACUCAUCGAGAAAGUCUAUCCAGGAAUUGAAGACCUCCCAAACAAGAGCAGUGCCUGGUUAUGCAAUAGGGCUAUUCUCACUCCAAAAAAUGAAGUUUCAACAAAGAUAAAUAAGAAAGUGAUGUCCCUAUUCCUAAGCGAGGACAAGACAUAUUUGUCGGUGAACACAGUUCUAAGAAAUGAUGACGCAGUGCACUACCCGGCAGAGUUUCUUGACUCGGUGACAGCACCUGGACUACCCGCCCACGAACUUAAUCUUAAAAUUGGUAUUCCCGUUAUGCUUCUAAGAAAUUUAAACCCUCCUAAAUUAUGCAAUGGGACUCGGCUUCGAAUUCGAAGUCUCCAGCGAAAUGUCAUAGAAGCCGAAAUUCUAACAGGCUGUGGUGCGGGAGAAGUGGUGUUUGUCCCCCGGAUCCCCCUCAUCCCAAGCAACUAUCCCUUUGAGUUUAAGCGCCUGCAAUUUCCCUUAAAUCCAUGUUUUUCCAUGACGAUCAACAAAUCGCAAGGUCAGACACUGUCAACAGCAGGGAUUGAACUAGGUGACGCGCAAUGUUUUUCACACGGACAGCUGUACGUGGCGUGCAGCCGAGUGCGAUCGCCAACCAACCUUUACAUACAUGCCCCAGCGGUCGAACCACUAAUAUAG